UUGAUCAGGACUGCAGAGAGCACGCUGUUGGACGUAUAGCCGCUGCAGCUUCCUCCUCUUACUUUCUGUCAACAAUAUCUCCUCUGACUGAAAUAUGUUUUUCACGGACAUAUUCUGCCAUCCUCUCUGGGCUGCCUUGUCCGCACUGCUGGCUCUCGUUGUGCGCUUGCAGCGCAGAGCCAUCUGGGACCCGCAAGCCUGCUCCGUGCGGCUCCGGGGGAAGACUGCCAUAGUAACAGGGGCCAAUACAGGCAUUGGGAAGUUCAUCGCCAUGGACUUUGCACGGCGUGGGGCGCGGGUAAUCCUAGCAUGCCGAAGCGAGUCCCGUGGCACAGCCGCCCUUAAUGAAAUUAAGCAGACUACAGGAAACGCAGACGUCCACCUGCGCAUCGUGGACCUCUCCUCCAUGGACUCGGUCAGAGCGUUCGCAAAGAGGAUUCUCGAGGAGGAGAAAACACUGCACAUACUCGUGAACAAUGCAGCUGUAUCAGGUUUGCCCAGACAGAUGACCAAAGACGGGUUUGAGGCUUCCUUUGCCACCAACCAUUUAGGACCAUUUCUGCUCACGAAUCUGCUGCUGGACCUCAUAAAGCGCUCGGCUCCGGCACGUAUCGUCACCGUCAGUUCGCUGAACCACAAGAGGGGUAAAGUGGACUUCUCUCACUUUCAUGGCCAGAACCUCGUGUACUCCAUGGAUCAAGUCUACAAUCACACCAAGCUGCAUAACAUCAUCUGCACCAAUGAGCUGGCACGAAGGCUACAGGGCACAGGUGUCACAGCCAACUCCGUCCACCCCGGCGUUGUCAUGACGGAGGUGAUGCGACACUAUCCAUUCUGGCUCCGUUACCCUUUUAACUUCAUCGGUUUUUUCUUUUUUAAGUCACCAGAAGAGGGCGCUGUCAGCCCGAUCUACUGCGCAGUGUCCGAGGAGCUGGAAGGGGUGACUGGGAAGUACUUUGACAGCGACUGCUCUCUGGUGCUUCCUGCCCCUUUAGCUCGAGAUGCCGCCCUCGCCGUGAAGGACUUUGAUUUCUGCGAGAAGCUGACCUCAAAGCUCUAAAAGCAGCUGCCUGACAAGGACUGCGAACCAGACAAACAACAGUGAAAUAAAGUGGCUCAGCUGGAACUUUUUCCGAACAGUUUAUCCACUAUUUCCUGCCAAAUGAACCGCAAUGAUUGUUUUGUCAAUACGUUAAAUGGCCCAGGUUUUCCAUGAGGUUACCUUCUUGUGCCUUGAAAUUCUCUCAAGAAUUACUCCAGAACCUCCAAAGCAUGAUACAAUCACUUCCUUUUAUUGUUUGAUUCAUUUAGACACAACGAAACAUUUAUAGCAUUCAGUGCUUCUCCGAACAAUUUACACAACUUUCCUCCUCACGGCGCCCGUGGCCUCGCUAUUUGUCUGCAGAGACAGAUUUAAGAGAGGAAGGUGGUCACAUUACACUUUUCUAAUCAAGGAAAAAAAAAAAAACAAGAUGGCGCCAGUUACCUUUCUGACUCUGCUCCACUAUUUCAUGGAUGAGCUCUUCGAGCACCGGAGCCACGUGAUCCACCUGUCUGGGUAAAAGACGAACAGCUACCUCCAACGUCUUGUCCUGGAAACGACCCACACACACACACACAUACACACACACACAAAGUUAGAAAAUAACUGAGGUUUUUCACCCGGACGUUGAGGACGACGCGGGAUUUUCCGCGUGCUCACAGGACUUCCGUCGUGUUCCGUCAGAGGAGCCUGCUGGACGGUGACCUCUUCGAACUGGCCGUCCUCUGACCGAGCCUCCAUGUCUUUCUUGCCGUUCUGCUGCUGACGCACAAGUGCACCAAAAACAAAUCAAAUGUGAAGGUUAAAAGUGGUGUUGGGAUAAAGCAUAUAUAGAGAGAGAAAUCUUAAUUUGUUUUAUGAAUAAAUUCUUUAUUUUGGUUCUUCAGUUAACCAAACGGUAAAAAAAUCCAAAUAGGACACAUAAUUGUACCAAGGUUUCAAAACCAAUAGAUGUCGCUGGUAGUGGUAGAAAUUUUGGGUGUCGUCCCAUUUUGUGCCUUUGCAGUUAUGACUGUGUGACACCCAACUUUCUCAGGUAUGAAAAGGAACCAUCCACCACUGGAAGAUCGACCAUAUUUCAAAUUAUACCCACUGGGGGGAAGUUUGAUACCUGCUUUGACAACCAAUUAUUUUAUUAUUUUUUUCCUCUGUUUGCUGGACAGUAUUUUAUCCAGAACCAACGUAAAUGGAAAUGGGUUCUAAUAUAUUUGAAAUAAACAAAUACAAGAAAAUAAACUGAUAUGCAAUGGUUUAAAUACAUGAGUGGAUUCUUAAGGUAAGGAAUGAGAUUGUAAUUUGGCCUGGAUUAAAUCAGCUUUUCAGGUGU